CAAAAUAUUUUUUUGUGAAAUACCAAAAUUACUUCUCUAUUCUUUCAUUGUGGGUGAAGAAGACAAUUUAUUUCAUUUCCGUCUUUAGGAAAAUUAAAAUGAUGUUAACAGUGAUUUAUUUGGUUCUUGCAGUAAUAACCAGAAGUGGAUUUGCAAUAGUUACAAUGCCGAAACUAAAGGUGACAGAAAUCUCAGAAUCAUCAUGCAAAUUAAUGUGGACAAAACCUAUAGAUAGUAAAGAACCUAUGAAUUACACUUUAGUUCGUAGUCAAAUUGGAGAGAAAAAUGUUUCUUACUAUCUGUAUGAAAAUGUAUUAAUAAAAUACAUGGGAAUUGAUAGUCUUCAACCUGGAACAUUAUAUACUUUUACAUUAUAUGCUAAAUUAGGCAAUAUGAGUUUAACUCCUAUUUCAACUACAUGCCACACAAAGGAAUUUUUAGGGCCGAAACUACUAGUGAAAGAAUCCACAGAAUCAUCAUGCAAAUUAAUGUGGACAAAACCGAUAAAUAGUAAACAAGCUGUAAAUUACACUUUAGUUCGAAGUCAAAUUAGAGAGAAAAAGGUUUCUUACUAUUUAUAUGAAAAUGUUUUGAUGAAAUACAUGGAAAUUGAUAAUCUCGAACCUGAAACAUUAUAUAAGUUUACAUUAUAUUCUAAAUUGGGCAGUAGGAAUUUUAAUCCUGCUUCAAUAACAUGCCACACAGGAAUAGCUUUAGUGCCAAAACUACAGGUGACAGAAAUCUCAAAAUCAUCAUGCAAAUUAAUGUGGACAAAACCUAUAGAUAGUAAAGAACCUAUGAAUUACACUUUAGUUCGUAGUCAAAUUGGAGAGGACAAUGUUUCUUAUCAUUUUUAUGAAAAUGUUCUUGUAAAACACAUGAAAAUUGAUAAUCUUGAACCUAAAACAUUAUAUAAUUUUACAUUGUAUGCUAAAUUAGGGAAAAGGAAAUUUACUCCUAUUUCAAGAACAUGCCUCACCAAAUACAAAAAUUUUUAUACUGACACCAUAAGGGAGGAAAACAAAGAAAUGAGUUUCCGAAAGGGUUGUUCAAUACUUUCCCGUCAAUUUGACUUUCGAUUUAGAAAAAAACUUGAAAGUGUAAUUUUAAAAAUUUUCCCUUUCUAUUUUUCAAUUUAAAAUAUUAUUUUCAUUUUGGAAUUGUUCAAAAUAUCGGACAUAGGCGAAUGCAGUAAACUCUAUAACGAAGAAAAACUUUGACUUUCAAAUCUUUUUUUUCUUCUCGCAGAGAAAAUUGUGUGGAAAUCUCUCUCUUUUUUUUACAUACACCACAGGAGCUUUCGUGUCAUUGCCCUUAAACUCUCCAGCGAGACUUCAUUUUGUAUUCUUGAUACGCACAGGAUCAUUUAGACUUUAAGAGUGACUGGAAGAAAGUCUUUUUUAGAAAAGUGUAGAGUGAUAAAUUCCAGACGCAGGAGAGUCGCGGCUAGACACUGAAAGAAGGGAAAAAAGAAAGUAUAAGAAGAAUAUUGGAAUUAAAGUUCUGACAACUUAGACGUUUUGAUGGCACAAGAAGUAAACUGCGAGAGAAAUCUUUUCUCUCUUCUCUCUCAUUUCUAUACUUUCAUUUUCCUACUACAACAUCUUUUCAAAUAAAAUUCCAAGGGAUCAAUAUAUGACGUUAUACGUGUCACUCCGAACUUCGAUCACGAAAAAACACCUUUUUCAUUGAGGGAAAUUAUUCU